UGAACGAGGGUGGGAGUGUUUGAGGAGGGAAAAACGAAAAACGUGCGGAGUGUUAGGAGAAGGAAGCGAGGAUAAAUUACGGCGAGUUUUGUCAAGUUAUCGGCAUUUUUAAUAAUCGAAAGCUUAAGCUAAGCUUUUUAAAGCUGAGCUGAAAAAGCAGAGAGAAAAAGAAGAAAAAAAAAAGGCUGAUGUUUGAACAACACAAAAAAUAACAAACAAACAAAACAAACAACAAACAAACAGAAAAAAGAAAGAAAGAAAGAAAGAAAGAAAAAGAACAACAACAAAGUGCACACGAAACAAAAACAACAACAAACAAAAAAGAAGCCACUUACACAACAAAACAUAUCUUAACAAAAAAAAAAAGAAAAAAAAAGCUAAGCUUGAAAAGCUUUGAUGUUACCGCCGAAAGCACAAACGAUGGAUGUCUGGAUUGUGACUUAUUACUUAAUUUCGUCCUUGAUUAUUCUUAUCAUCGUCAAACUGCUGGUUCGCGACCUGCGCUGGGAGCUACACGGACUAGGCAUCUUGGGUUGCCGGUUGAAACAGAAGCACUUACGGCGGCCGCCCGGUCCUCGAAGUUGGCCGCUUAUUGGCAACCUUUUCCACGUGUUGUGGAAACCGCUCCAUAUAGCCUUGACCACACUGGCCAAACGGUACGGUGACCUGAUGUGGCUACGGAUGGGCGGCGACAACGUGUUGGUGAUUAGUUCGAUGGAGGCAGCCCGCGAAUGUAUAUUGAAACAAGGAAGGAUAUUUGCCGGCCGACCGCGGCGCAGGCAAACCGUAAAAACAUUACUGGGAGACGGACGCGAUAUCGCUAUGAGUGACAUCGGACCUGAUUUGAAAUAUUACAGGCGACAAGUCCAUUCGUUCUUCGCGUCACCCAACCGAGACAACCGGGCGCGACUUGAGAGUAUUGUCGGCAUGGAAACCAGGUCGUUAAUGAAGGCCCUGGAUGCAUUCGCGUGCAGCGGAGACGCUUUCGAUCCCCAUUACAACGUCGCACGUGUUGUAGCGAAUGUGCUCUGCUUAAGGACUCUAAACCGUCGAUUCGAACAAGUCGACGCUUCCUUCCACCAACAACUGCGAAUUAUCCAAGACAUUGUGGACAGUAUCGAGAGCUUUAACAUUGUCGAUGUUUUUCCAUGGCUUCAGGUAAGACAAUUUUCCUAGUAAUAUAGUAAAUAG